ACUAGACCAGGACCACUCAAGAAGGCUAACUCUUACUCUCUGCAGCCUGCUUCAGUGUACUGUUACAACUGUGCAGAGAAAGGCCAUUAUGGAUUUGAAUGCUCAGAGAAGCGAAUGUUUGGAGGAAUGUUUCCCACCUUCCCCUUUAUCUAUUACUAUGAUAAUGAAUAUGAUAUCAAGAGGAGCACUCAGAGAGCAAAGAAAAAAGCGCAAGAACUUCAGGAAGCUGGCCUUCUACCAAAGACUCUAAAAAGAUCACAUAUAGAUUGUGAUUGGGAAGAGCACAAGCAUAAGAAAAAGAGGAAAGUUUUGAAGGAACAUGGCAAGAAGGGGGAUAAAUAUCAUAAAAACCUGAAGAAAAAGUCUCAUGCAGAUCUGUUCAAAGGAAGGAAGCAUAAGAAGGAGGUUCAAAACAACUAUAACAUAGAAGAGUGCUUUCCUAGAGGGGGCCACAUAAAUGCGCAUAAGAGGUGCAGAAGGAAAAAUCCUGCGCAUCAAAGCAUUGGCUUCCUGACAGAAGUUCAUCAAGUUUCUAUGGAGCCAGCAAAAAGGCAGAAGAAAAAGAAAAAGCAGAGGAGCUGCACAAGCAGUAGUUGCAUCAGGGAUGAAAGUUUAUUUCUUAUCAAACAGAAGAAAAAGAAAUCGACACCGAAAGCCAGCUCAAUCUGAGGCGGAGCUGUAUUCCUUCCCCAAUAGGGAGCACAAACCAAUCAAAAUGCAUACUGGGCUAUCACAGCACAGAGAGUAUAUCGGUACCAUUCCAUAAGGACAGCAUCUUGGUUUGUAGUGACAAUUUAUUUAUGCAUUAGAGAUACAUAAUGUUGAUAGGGUUGGUUUUUUUCCCCAGUUUCUGUAUCUGGAUGGAAUAGAGGGGUGGGGGUAGGGAGUGACAAGAUGAAAGCAAUUAAAAAAAAAAAGAAAUACAUUUCCUCAGCUGCAUACACUCUUUUUGUAAAUCCAUGUAUUAAAAUACUUCUGCUUAAUGCAUAUAGUUUAUUUGCAUGCAAACUCUGAAGAAAAACGAGGCAAAUUGACCGGCGGCCUGGGUAUGGAUACGAAAACAAAUGGGGGUAGCCACUUCGCCUGUUUGAUAGAAGGGACAAAAAGAGGCAGCGCAAGGGAUUUUGUGUUUCCUCUGCUGAUAGUUUUGUAAAACGUAUGGAAUGAAUUUAAGAAACAGGGAGGGAUGUUGUGCACAAAUUAUUUUUCCUAAUUUAUUUUCCUGACAAUGAUGUGGCUGUCUUACGCUGCAUCCUCUGCCUUAGAUACGAUUGUCUUCAGUUUGUCAUAGACCUAGCACCAUACUUUGACUUGACAGGCCAGGUGAGUCUUUGUUUCAGUGAGAAAGCUGAAAUUGCAUUCAAGUCCAAUUUUUUUAAAGAAUAUAAUCAUGUACGACUUUUUCAUGUUUCUGAGAAAUAAAUUAUUUUAUAAUGCAUUUUAUGAAAAUGAGGUAUUUUUGUACUUUGAAUUGCAAUUCAAAUUUUAUGACUGAAAAACAUUGCAAUAUCCAAGGGGAAAGUAGUCCUUUUCAUGCCUUCUUUUUUUCUUUUUGAAAGUCAAGUACAUACCAUCUUCCUUCCUUAAUACUGUCAACUCAUGUGACCUCCAGUGAGACUUCAGCUUCCCAACCAUGCUGCUUUUUUCACUCUUGUUAAUUUCUAUGUAAAAAGAUGUAUUUUAGA